AUGGAAUGGUUGUAUUACGAAGUCCCAGCAGUCAAAAGGCACCGCCUUUCCUUCUUCGCCGAGUCCUUCCAUUUUCAUUCCAUCCAAACACACACGAGCUCUGUUUUCCCCUCACCUCCCCUCUCCACGAUCUUCCCUUCAUAAAACGUGGGAGAUUGAUUCCUCAACCCCAACUCCUAAAUUUCCUCUUUAAGAACACAUUACAUUUCUUUCCCCCAUUUUAAUAUAAAUCAUCCGUUUGAUUUGUAAGAAACAAAUCUGUGGUUCUGUGCAUCUCUUUUUGAGCAUGUUUCAAAGAAACCCAUCUUAUUCUAACCCAACACCAUGCAAUCAUCUAGCUGAUUACAAGCUCAGAUAUGGCUUAAACGGCUAUAAAUCCAUUCAAAAUCACCUUAAAACUACCCCAAAUGGAAGAACCAGUAUUCAAAACCCCGAUUCGAAGCUACCCAGAUGCGGUUCUUGCGAUGGGUAUGAAGGGAGGCUCUACAUAUGCUUGAUUUGUGCUUCAAUCUCUUGCUCAAAUCAUACCCUUCUUCAUAACCAGUCCGAAAACGGCCAUGAUUUGGCCAUCGACGUUGAGAGAGCGGAGCUUUAUUGUUAUGCUUGCUCCGAUCAGGUUUACGACCCGGAUUUUGAUCGGACGGUGAUGUCGAAGCACAUCGUCGCCGCCGUACUGGAGAAAUCGCAAUCGGCGGAGAGAUCGAGUAAGAGGAGGAGAUUUGGAUCGAUAGAUUUAUUGGAUUUGAAGAAAUUGAAACCGUUGAUGUCUGUUAAAGAUCAGCGGUCGAAAUCGUGCUAUCCUUUGGGAUUGAGGGGAUUGAAUAACUUGGGGAAUACUUGUUUUAUGAACUCUGUUCUUCAAGUGUUUCUUCAUACUCCGCCUUUGAGCAAUUACUUCUUGAAUGAUCAGCACAACAGGGAAACCUGCAGCAAAAGACCCAUUGGGCAGCUGUGUUUACCUUGUGACAUUGAUCGUAUUUUUUCUGCUGUGUUUUCUGGUGAUCAUAUGCCUUAUAGCCCAGCUCAAUUUCUGUACAGUUGGUGGCAGCACUCUGCAAAUUUAGCAUUUUAUGAGCAGCAGGAUGCCCACGAGUUCUUCAUCUCAGUUCUAGACCGAAUCCACGAGCGAGAAUGGAAAUCGAGGAGCCAAGAUAAAGAGAAUGGGGACUGCAAAUGCAUUGCUCACAAGGCCUUCUCUGGGCAGUUGAGAUCAGACGUGACCUGUAUGACCUGUGGAUUCACUUCAACAACUUAUGAUCCAUGUGUGGAUAUUUCACUUGACUUGGACACCCACGAUUUCUCGUCUAGAAAUAUUGCUAGCAAGUCGAUGAAGCCCGUGGAUUCCAGCAGUAAAUCUACGCUAUCUGGUUGUUUGGAUCUUUUUACGAGACCCGAAAAGCUGGGAUCGGACCAGAAACUUUUCUGCCAGAAUUGUCAAGAAAUGAGAAGUUCAGUGAAGCAAAUGUCUAUCAGAAGGCUGCCAUUGGUCUUGUGUUUGCAUAUCAAACGAUUUGAGCACUCUUUUGUCAGACGAACGUCGAGAAAAAUUGAUCGGUAUUUGCAGUUUCCUUUCUCCCUCGACAUGAUCCCGUAUUUGUCGUCUUCAAUUAUCAGAAACAGAUAUGGGAAUAGGAUUUUUGCUUCUGAGGGUGACGAAAUAGAUGCUUCGUCGAAGUUUGAGAUUUUCGCUGUGGUUUCUCAUUCGGGGACGCUCGAGUCUGGUCAUUACGUGACAUACUUGCGUCUGAGAAGUCGAUGGUAUAAGUGCGACGAUGCCUGGAUCACCGAAGUCGAUGAAGAAAUGGUGAGAAAUUCUCAGUGUUAUAUGAUGUUUUAUCUACAGAAAAUACCAAACUACAAACCGAAUGAGGAUUUGAGCUGCCUUCCUAUUUCCCCGCGCAACGAUGCGUUCCAACAAAUUGCUGGUUGCUGUUAACAGCGGGAUUCGUCGAGAUUCGCCGAAGUUUUCCAUAUUAUGCAUCACACAUUCAAGGCCGACUAAGGAUCAAAAUGAAAGAUCGAACGAUCAGUACUUCAGAAAAUGACUUUUGUCAUGAUCGACGCGUAUUCUCUUCAAGAAAUCACGACCCUGAAUGUUUCUGCAGUUGUGCAGGCAGCGCCAGAAUUUCGUCACAGGGAACGUGACGUUAAGCUGGUCGCUAAGGCUCAAACGGCAGGACGAUAUGAUAUCGAAAUAUCGAAAACGUCGCGGAUUGGUAUCUUGAAAGAUGAAGAUGGGUACUACAAAAUGGUCAUGUGUAUGUCAAAAUUUAAAACUUUAUACAAGUUUAUUAAAGGCCUCGCUCAUCAAGAGAAUUGUUCAUUGCA